UUCUGCAGGCAAAUAUGGCGGCGUCCUGUGCGCGAACCGUGGGAUUGUUUUUCGGAAGAUGUGGGAAUUGUAGCUGGAAUUUUAACAUAGUCACGUCGCAGUUACGUCGACAGGUCCAGAGCAGGCAGAUAUGUGUGAGCUCUGCCCUCCACAGAAAGAAUCUGGCGGCUGCAGGCCCAGAGAAGUUCACGAUGGAGUUCAUCCAGAAGCAGGUGGAGGAGUACAACAUCGGGAAACGGCACCUGGCUAACAUGAUGGGAGAAGACCCCGAGAACUUCACCCAGGAAGACAUAGAUAGGAGCAUCGCCUACCUCUUCCCCUCGGGCCUGUUCGAGAAGAAAGCCCGGCCCAUCAUGAAGCAUCCAGAAGAAAUAUUUCCAAAGCAGAGGGCUGUCCAAUGGGGAGAGGACAAGCGGCCGUUCCACUUCCUGUUUUACACCGGCAAACAGUCCUACUACUCCCUGAUGCACGAAACGUUCACCAAAAUCCUGAAAGUCGAGAAGCACCAAGAUCGUCUGAGAGCCAAGGGACUCUUCACCCCGGACGUCAAGCAGAUCUCGCUCAGCACAAGCAGGUGGCUCACAAAGGAGGAGCUGGAAGCGCUGCUGGUCGAGACCAUCUCCACUUACGAUUAUGAUCGCUUCCUCCAGCUGAUGGGGCGCCUGCUGUCCAUGCCCUACUGCGCCACAGAGGAGGAGUUUGUCCUGCGUUACCGCCGGCAACUGGAGGCCCAGUCCACGAAGCAAAUGAUGCCGACGCUGGAGAGGGACGACAGGGGGGUGGCCUUCAGCACCGCAACCGGUCGGAGGAAGACGUCCACCUGCUCCGUGGUUCUUCGAGACUGCGGCUCCGGACGCGUCACCAUCAACGGCCGGGACUACCUGCACUACUUCCCCGUACUACAAGACAGAGAGCAGCUGAUGUUCCCGCUGCAGUUCAACGGCCUGCUGGGACGCUUCGACCUGGAGUGCACGGUGAGCGGCGGCGGGCGGUCCGGCCAGGCGGGGGCGCUGCGGCUCGCCAUCUCUCGGGCCCUGCUCAGCUUCCUGUCUGAAGGAGAGAUGGAGGCCAUGAGACAGGCUGGUCUGCUGACCUUUGACCCGAGAGUGGUGGAGAGGAAGAAGCCGGGCCAGGAAGGAGCACGAAAGAAAUUCACUUGGAAGAAACGCUGAGGAGGAGAAUCCCCCCACCUGAACUGAAACGUGAAGCUCAUUAUGAAACUUAACGUGCUCCCAUCUGAAAAGAUUCCUUUGCAGCGUCUCGUCAGUCCUCCUCAGUAUAUUUGAGCUCUUGGAAGAACACACAGCUUGAAUGUCUUCGUUCUCGCAGGUCGCCAUGUUUCACGCUGCAGCCCGACAAGCUGCAGUGAGCAUCUUCGGCCACCAGAUGGAGGUGUGUGCCAAGGAAUAAAUGAAAAGGCUCAAUAUAUUUAUCAGUCCGUUAGA